AUGAUGAGUCAGCCAUCUCCCACUCUACCCCACAACAAUGGCAUGUCUCCUGACCGUCAAGCAUUGACCCCACCGGUCAGAUCUAGCAACAAAACCUUAGGCAAGUCAUCCACCGGGCAGAGCACCAUGGUUCCCAACACAGUGACACAACCAAAGAAGGCCACCAAGCAGGGCAAGCCACCAAAACAACCAGCCAAGAAGGCCCGCACAAGUGCAGGUGUCCAAUUUCAGGAACCAUCUUCUGCCCAACCCUUGGGCUCGGCUGUUCAAGUAGACACGUCUCACAUGGAAAGGGACAACAGUCAAACCUCAUCUCUUACUGCGUCUACGCCGCAAGGUGGAGGGUCUCCAUUCUUCUCUCCUCCUCCUGGGAAGGCGCACAGUGAUGGCGCCAGUAAAUCCUCUCGGUCCGCCCGCGGAGCUCCCCGCUCCGCGGAGGGGCCAUGA